GACCUCCUCACCCCCACCCUGUACCAUGGUUAUUAUGUCCGUCCAAGAAUCACCAAGCAGCUAGGGCGGGGCUUCUCUGAUAUAGAGGCGGAGCCAGGGAAGUGGACCGUUCGAUUGGACGUGUGUCAGUUCACUCCUGAUGAAGUCACUGUUCGCACUGUCGACAACCUACUGGAGGUCAGUGGUAACCACUCCCAGAGACAAGAUGUCCACGGGUUCAUCAGUCGGUCGUUUACGAGGACCUACAUACUUCCUGUGGGUGUCGACCCUCUACUGCUCUUCGUCGACCUAUCACACGACGGCAUCCUCUCUGUCUCCGCUCCCCGGACAACCCCCGACCCGCCCUCCUCACACACGCAUAUCAUACACACUCACACCGACAAGACAACCUAG